UUCUUCUAAUAAUAAUAAUCAUUUCUCUCAUUUUUCACCUCCAAAAAAAAAAAAAAAAAAAAAGAAAGAAAGAGAGAAAAAGAAACAGCAUUAAGAAAAAUGAACCACAAUUCCCAUGGCUUCUUCUUCUUCUUCUUCAUCUCUUUUCUCUUCAUUUUUCUUCUCUUUUCUUCACAUUCUGCCUCUGCUAGUUUCCCUCCAUCCAAACAUGGUAUAGAAGAAACCCACAGGAAGAUCAGCUAUGGAUCAAUGGUUCAAUUAGGAGAUUCAUUGCCAGAUUUCCCUCAUAUAAAGGGAGAGAAAGAAGUAGGAGAAGAAGAAGAAGGAGAGAAGAGGAAGAUGAUGUUAGAAGCUCACUUGGAUUAUGUUUACACACAAAAUGAGAAUCCUUGAAUCAAUAUAUGUUUUUAUGUAUAUAUCCAAAUACUUAAACUAGAAGAAAUUGUUGCUGUUUUCUUCGUAUAUUUAUAUAUACAGUUUUAUAUUGUUUACAUUUAUUAUCAUUACUACACACUAUUACUAUUACUAUUAUUAUAUUCA